ACUAUGUCUAUAGUUGUAAUAACCACUUCUCUCCUCAUCUUCUUUGCGUACUUAACCAAUGCAAAUGACAUGUUCUAUAACAAUAACAACAGCAAUAAUCAUAUCGAUGAGGAGGUAAAAGGUAUAUAUGAAAUAUGGUUGGUAGAGCACGGUAAAAUAUAUAAUGGGCUAGGAGAAAAGGGGAAAAAUUUGAGGUUCAUCGAGGAACAUAACAACUCGAAAAAUCAGACGUAUGUGCUAGGAUUGAACCGAUUUGCUGAUCUCACGAACGAGGAAUACAGGACCAUGUUUUUGGGCACGAGGAGUGAUGCUAGGCGCCGCCUUGUUAAGUCUAAGAACGCUAGCCAUCGUUAUGUUUUUCGGGCUAGCGAUCAUGUACCGGAAUCGGUUGAUUGGAGGAAGAAAGGUGCAGUUGCUCCUAUUAAGGACCAAGGGAGUUGUGGGAGCUGUUGGGCCUUCUCAACAGUAGCUGCAGUAGAAGGCAUAAACCAAAUAGCAACAGGAGAAAUGAUCACCUUAUCUGAGCAAGAAUUAGUAGAUUGUGACACAAUGUAUAAUGAUGGUUGCAAUGGUGGCCUUAUGGAUUAUGCUUUUCAAUUUAUCAUAUCCAUUGGUGGUAUUGACACUGAAUCUCACUAUCCUUACAAGGGCAUCGACCACAAAUGUGAUCUUGUUCGGAAGAAUGCAAAGGUUGUGAGCAUAGAUGAUUAUGAAGACGUGCCAGGAAAUGAAAAGGCACUUGAGAAGGCUGUAGCGCAUCAACCUAUUAGCGUAACCAUUGAAGCUUCAGGCAGGGCUUUUCAGCUUUACUCCUCGGGCAUAUUUACUGGAAAAUGCGGAACGCAAUUGGACCACGGUGUGGUGGUGGUUGGCUAUGGCACAGAAAAUGGAGUGGACUAUUGGAUCGUCAGGAACUCAUGGGGCACUAAUUGGGGGGAAGAUGGCUACAUCAAAAUGGAGAAGAAUAUAGAAGCCACAAAUUCUGGCAAAUGUGGAAUUGCAAUGGAGGCGUCUUAUCCAAUUAAGAAUGCCAUAAACAAAAUUACUAUGGGAGAAGAGGGGAUUAUAAGAAGUACCUAA